CUCAGAGAUUUUGUUUGGGUUGUCUGUCCUGUUAGAAAUAAGCAGGCAAACAUUAGACUUGAUGUCUUGCCUUCACAGAAAGUUGCUUCUAAUCUGGUUUCGUGGGUAAAUUUCAGUUCCCCCAAAGCCUCCUGGAAGCCCCUUGCAGCCUUAUGGCUUUUCCACAGAAAGCAGAAGUGGCUGCCCCGCUCCUCAACCUCUUCCACCCACUGCUGAAUGUGCCCCCAAAAUAAACGACAGAAAUCCCAUUUUCCCUGGGAAGAGACUUCUGAGAACACGUCUGAAAUUUUUGGAAAAGUGGUUAAAGUGGAUGACAUGCAGAGGAUAAAUUACGGUGCAGUGAGAGCCAAAGCCACAGACACCGGGCAGGGUGGCACGAAGCAGGACAGAAGAAGAGCCCUCAUGCAGCCACCAUGCUCGCUGCAAGGACAGUCCUGCUGCUCGUGCUGCUCCUCACCUUCUCCCUGCACCGUGCUGCAGCCUACAACACGCCCACCGAAUGCUGCUUCAAGCAUGCGCAGAAACCCAUCCGACACAUACAGAAUUUCUAUGAGACGCCCAGCGACUGUUCCUUGCCUGCAGUUGUGAUUGUAGCUGCCAGCGGUGCCAAGGUCUGUGCUGACCCCAAGAAGCCCUGGGUGAAGAGAGCCAUGAAAAAGCUUCGAAGGAAAAAAUGAAAUUCUCCUUCUGCCAUCCACCAGCUGACCUGCCUGUCCAGUCCUCCCAUCUCUGGAGGGAGCAGACGGCGCUCAGGGCACAUCUCCAAAGGGUCCCAAGGCGGUGGGCACUGUCACUGCAGGUGGAGCCAGCCCGUACCCCGGCAGGACCAGGUGUCACAGCAGCAUGGACCGACCAGCCAGCCACCAAGUCCCUCCCGUUGUCACUGCCCUACCGGUAUGUGCCCAGUGGAGCAAAUAUUUAUAAUAAAGACUCAUUGCCACAA